AGAUGGAUGUAGGUUAGAAUCUUGCUGAAAGAAAAUAAAAGCUGGAUGAGAUGACUGAAUAUACAGUAAGGAGCGGCAGACCAGAUGGCAUCAUAGUGCAAACGCCCCGUAGAGGAGUUGGAGAAAGGAGUUGGAGAAGAAUUCAUGGUCCAGUCUUCCUUGCCCCCAACAGAGAGGAGUGCCUGAUUGCAGGAACUGCUGCCAGCACUCUACACUGCAGGGUGCCAUGCUGCACUGAGGGACAGAUGCUGAGCUGCUUCCAGAAACCUGGGACACACACAGACCCAGAGGCCCUGCUGAGAUGACCUGACUGCGAUGACUACAAUUUUCUGAAGUUUGAAUCCUGUUUGCUUUGGAACUGAGAUGCAGGCUGAACAUUUGAGUAUUUUUAAUUUCUGGGACAUAGAAUUCAUUUUGGUUAAAAUAUUGAACCUAAGAACUAAGACCUAAAUUUUCCCCUCAGGGAAAGAAAGACUCAAAAUAAGAAAUGACUAAAACCCCUCUUCACUUGAGAAGGGGGAAGACUAAAGGUUUAGUGCUGUUCAGAGACUUGAACUGGUAUUUGAGAACAGCAAUGUCAUUGUACUCUUACUGGUAUUGACCUGAUAUUUAUAACUGUAGAUAACAUGUUGAGAAAAGUUGGUAUUGACCAAUAAUGGCAAGAAUCAUGGUACUGACCUAAAGAGAUUUGGAAAAGUUGGUAUUGACCGAGAAUACUGAGAAUUAUGGUACUGACAAAGAUACUUGGAAAAGUUGGUAUUGACCAACAAUGCUGAGAAUUAUGAUACUGACAAAGAUAUUUAGAAAGUUGGUAUUGACCAACAGUGCUAAGAAUUAUGAUAUUGACCUGUCCACUGCCGAGAAAAGAUUGACACACCCUGUAAAUGUUGGGAGUUAAGAUAGUUAUAGUUUUCCUUUGUUAUGAUAAAAGAUAAAGUAGAUAUAAAUAUUGUAACUAGAGAACAGUUCCACAGGCUCACCUGCUUGAAUCCUUGGUCCCCAUUGGUAGAAAUGUUGGAAAGGGAGUAGGGCAGAGGUGUCCCUGAGGGUGGACUUUGAGCAGCUGCUGCUCCUAGAGCAACCUCUACCCCCUCUUCCAGAUCUAGAAAGGAGCUCUCUCUGCUGUGCUUGCUGUCACCCAGAUCUCCGACCCCUGGAAACAAAACGGUCUCCUACAUCGUGCCUGCUCCCUCUGCCGACUGCUUCCUGUGUUGACCAUGCCUGGGUGGAGCUGCCUGGUGACAGGAGCAGGAGGGUUUCUGGGCCAGAGGGUCGUCCGCAUGUUGACUCAGGAGGAAGAUCUGCAGGAGAUCAGGGCCUUGUACAGGUCCUUCACUCCAAAACACAGGGAGGAGCUAUCCACACAACAUCAGCUCCACAAUGUGGCAGGGGAGAACAGUUGCCAAGUCUGUGGUGUCUUGGACAAGGUGGGAGAUGUGGCUCUACAACAUAACACUCAAGAGUUGAAGACAAAAGCCAAGGUUACCGUGCUGAAAGGAGACAUUCUGGAUGCCCAGUGCCUGCGGAGAGCCUGCCAGGGCAUGUCUGUUGUCAUCCAUACCGCGGCCGCUGUUGACAUCUCAGGUGUCAUACCCAGACAGACCAUCAUAGAUAUCAAUCUGAAAGGUACUCAGCUCCUGUUGGAUGCUUGUGUGGAAGAGAGUGUUCCAGUCUUCAUCUACAGCAGCUCAGUGUCCGUGGCUGGACCAAACUCCUACAAGGAGAUCGUCCGGAAUGCCUGUGAGGAAGAGAAUCUCGAAAGCAAGUGGUCUCACCCAUACCCAUACAGCAAGAAGAUGGGUGAGAAGGCUGUGCUGGCAGCCAAUGGGCGCACCCUGAAAGCUGGCGGCACUUUGCAGACUUGUGCCUUAAGACUCCCAUUCAUCUAUGGAGAAGGAAGCCAACUGCUUUUGGGCACAGUGAAUAGAGCACUCAAAAACAAUGGCGUUAUUCGGAAUUUUUCCAAAUUCUCUGUGGCCAACUCAGUGUAUGUGACCAAUGGGGCCUGGGCACACAUUCUGGCUGCCAGGAACCUUCGAGACCCCAAGACGUCAUCAAACAUCCAAGGACAAUUCUACUACAUCUCAGAUGACACUCCUCACCAAAGCUUUUGUGAUUUAGUUAGUAACAUGAGCAAGGAAUGGGGCCUCCACCUCGAUUCCGGUUGGAGCCUUCCUCUGUCCCUGCUGUACUGGCUUGGCUUCCUACUGGAAGUUGUGAGCUUCCUGCUGCAUCCAAUCUACAACUACCAGCCUCCCUUAAGCCGCUUCAUGGUCACAGUGUUAAAUAGUGUGUUCACCUUCUCAUACAAGAAAGCGCAGAGAGAUCUGGGCUAUGAGCCACCUGUCAGCUGGGAGGAAGCCAGGGAGAAAACUUCGGAGUGGGUCGGGUCACUGGUGGAGCAGCACAAGGGGACACUGAACACAAAGACUCAGUGACGUGAUGAUGGCAGGAACAUGGCCCUAGGUGCCAUCAGAGCCUCAAGAACAGGUCUAAGACACAAGCCAACUCUUACACUUCCCUUUGAUAUACUGGCCAACUUGUCUUCAGGUCACCAGAAGCCUUGCCAGCCUCUGGUCCAGCCACAACCUUCUGCCCUAAACACUUGUGCAGCAAAACAAGAGGCUGUGCCUCAGCUGCUAGGACCAAAGGCUCAGUUGCUGGCGCUGAACUGCCUGGAGCCUCUUGUAACUUAGAAUUCCGUCAGUGUUUCCACUUCCCCUCUCAGAGACCCACAGCAUUUUUUGUCAGGGAAGAUUUCCAUGGCUUCAUAAAGCUCGCGGUAAAGAACAAUAAAAAAAUAUUAAUGCCUAA